UCUACAUAAUCUUAGGUACCACACAUUUAUAUUUAUGCAUUUAGCACACGCUUUUAUCCAAAGCCACUUACAGUGCUUUACAAGGUAUACAUUUUUAUCAGUAUGUGUGUUCCCUGGGUUUGAACAAUGACCUUUUGCUAAUGCAAUACUACACCACUGAGCUAUACAAGAGCAAACAAAAUAUAUUGUAUGUCAUAUAGUAUACAGGAUACAAAAUGUUCAGUUUAUCGUAACCUUCAAAACUAUAAGCAUGUUUGGUUAAAUGAAACACAUGUUAUUUAGUGCCCUGUCUAUUUUUAUAGCUACUAAAUAUGUUCCUUUAUCUUAUAUAUUGUGUAAUAAAUAAGUGAGUUGCACACCUGUUUUAUGCGUUUUACAUUAAAAUAUAAAAUACAUAAACAUAAUAAGAACAACAGGAUAACAACAGCUUACUUCUCAAUUAAAUGUUUACAUGCAUCGAAGCUCACUUAAAUGUACUGUAAAUGUAGCCAUUGCAUUGAGACUGUAUUGAUUAAAUAGUUAAAUUACAUUUUAUUACAUUCAUCUCUUAAUGAAUUGGGGAUAUAUGUGUGCCCUAAAAAUACACAAAGUUUGCCAAUGAUUUUUUUGUUUGAGUGUGAAUAAUCUGCCCUCAGGGUUUAGGUGUUUAGGUGUAAUGUAAUUUAUAUUGCAAUUUGAUAUGACAUCUAAAUGAUCUCAUUCAUCUGAUCUUUUAAGUUCAAUUUGGUUUCAGUUAAAAGUGGAGCAAAAAAGUGUGAGAAACCAUAUUGAUGACGCUUACACUUUUGCAGACCUUAUACAAUGCAAAGCUCAGAAUGACAUUAGUGUUGGACAAACACACCAAGUCCACCAACGCCCUAGGAAACAGAAGAAACCAAAACAUAUCCACCUUAAAGAACAAUGGCAGCGAUUGUUACUGGUCUUAUACCAAUCCUUCGCACCGCAGUGGACUCAACCGCAACCUAUAAAGGUCGCACGGUGUGGUUCGGCCUGCUCUCCAUUCGCCUGGUGGUGAUCUUUUUGGCUCAGUUUCCCUGGAAAUCCCUGAACGAAGACUUCCACUGUAAUGACACAGUCAUCUGCAAUAAAUUCUGCUUUAAUAAACAUUUUGACAGGUCAAUAACAAUGACAUGGCAUUUCCUCUUCAUCCUCCUUGUGCUCUCGGUUCUUAUCAUGGAGUUGUUCUCAUCCCAGCUUCGACAUUCCGUCCAAAAGAAGCAGGUGAAAGAAAUGGAAUCCCAAAAUGAGCAGGUGUAUCUUAAUGAUCCCAUCACAACGGUGGGCGGUAAGAUGAGGAUAGAUCUUCACAAGAGCAAAAACAGCGUGUUGGUGUACCUGUUCAGCGUGACGCUUCGGAUCAUUGUGGAGGCUUUAUUUGUGUACGACUUGCUCUUCUGGGUUCUGCCUAAAGUGAGUGACAGCAUAUACCAAUGUAAUGCAGCAGAGUUUAAUGGAUGUUCAUCAUACAACCUGUGCGUGGUCCGUGGAUUAGCCGAAAAGAGAAUGUCUGUCUAUGCGCUGCUUUUUAUGUCUAUCCUGGUCAUUGUUUUGAGCUGUCUGUUCUUUUUCUACUCAAUAUUUCACUAUAUUAUUUGUAGUAAAGGGUAAUGCAUCUGUGUAUGUGUUGUUUUAUUAUCUAAAAUGCCUUCUCAUUGUUUAAUAUUGCAAUGAUUGUUGUAUUUUAUAACAUUUUUGUAAUUUUCUCUACUUUUUAUAUAUGCUAUAAACAAGAUUUUUUUUGAAAAAUGCUAAAGAGAGCAGUGCAUUGUUAAAAUCAUCUUUCAUCAUGACUUUUAACAUGGUGUUUCUGCAUCAGGGGUUUUUGUGUGGGUUGGGUGAGAAGUUGUUUUGUUUGCGUCCGUAUCACUUCAUGUUAGUGCUGACCUAGCUGUUUCAUUUCAAAGUCCAACAGUUGUCCUUUCCAACCACUCAACAGUGCAUGUGACCCAUGCUAUUGUAUGGCAAUUAA